AUGUUUAUUAAAGUUCAAUUCUUCAUCUUCGUCCUAGGGACCAUGCCUUUCAUAGCACUUGCUGAAGAAGCAAGCUCAGCUUUAGAAGAAGAAAGUGCAACAAUUGACUUCAGAGACAGAAAUGACACAGAAUAUGAAGAAUUACCAACUUGGUUGCCCACAAGACUACACAAUGUAACAAAUCUCUUGCAGUUUGGACAACUGAUGACCACAGAAAGUGCUUUGGCACCAGCUGAAGACAGUGGUAAUUCUACUGGCUAUGAAGCUAACACAGAAAACGUUGAUGGUGGACUGAGUCAGGGACCAGAGAAACCUGAAAAAGGUGGUCUGGAAACAAUUGCACUGGUUGGAAUAAUUAUUGGAAUCAUAGUUGCAGUUGGAAUCCUUGCAGGAAUAAUAAUUGCUGUUGUAAGGAAGAUGUCAGGCAGGUACUCGUAA